AGAUACAGCCUUCAAGAUCAGUGUGCUGCGGUUAUGUACCGCUAUAGGUGUGUGUACAUUUAAUAAUGCAUUAUUAACAUAAAGAAGCAAGGUUAAGCACCAUUAUCAGUGAAUGUUAUACGGUAUAUUGUCUUAUAUGAUAGGAACCGUGUAUACGAUUUUUUCCCUCUUAAUUCAACAUAAAAUAAUAUCAUAUAAUUUAAUACAUGGAUAAAGUGCAAUAUCGUGUCAAAGUAGAAGAGCAACAAAUGUACAGCUGCAAUAAUAACAACAACAGGGUGUUCGAUUAUUAAUCAGGCGAACGCGUCAGGCCUCUGUUUCCUGCUUCUGAGCGCUGUGCUUGGGUCCUGACGCGGAGCCCGUGCAGGGCCGAACUGGAGACCCCGCGCCGUCUGCACCUCUAUCGUCUCGGUUGACAUGGAUGAUGAAGAUGGCAGGUGCUUGCUAGAUGUAAUUUGUGACCCACAAGCACUCAACGAUUUUCUUCAUGGAUCAGAAACACAACUGGACACUGAUGACCUUUUGGAUGGCACGAGUGACCCGUCCAACUCGUUCUUCUCGAGCACUGGGGGCCACGUUCCUGAGGUCCAGCCACAGGCUCAGCUGUCAACAAUUGAGCCGGGCCUGCCUAGAGUCAGCGUUGAUUUGGACUUCCUGGAGGACGAUGACAUCUUGGGGGCAUCACCAGGAGGAGACAAUGGAAGCAAUGGUGUUGGGACAAAUCACGAACCCUGUGACAUUUUGCAACAGAGCCUGGCUGAGGCUAACAUCACGGAGCAGAGCCUUCAAGAGGCUGAAGCUGAGCUUGACCUCAGUUCCUUUGGGCUAACUGGUCUAACGCAGGUGGUCCAACCCCUGCCUGAUGCUGGCCUGUCUGGGGUGGGCAUUGGAGGUGCAACUCAGAUUUUUCCUAACCAAGGCACCCCUGCUGCACCCUCUAAUGCAACCCCUGACAUGCUUGGUUCAGUCCUGGCACAUCCAGGCCUGCAGCUUCAACCCCAGGUCAUGAACAAGGCCAUCAGUGUUCAGCCAUUUGUGCAGCAAGUUGGGCUUGGAAAUGUAACUCUUCAGUCUAUUUCAAGCCUUCAGGCCUUACCGAAUGGCAGUCAAUCUGGACCAUUGGGAAUUGGACAAAUUCAAGUUGUGGGCCAACCCACUGUAAUGACUUUAAACCCAUCUGGGCAGCAGAUCUUGGCAAAAACCAUGGGUGGCUACCAGCUCCAUCAACCUGGACCUGAAGCAGCCAGCGUUGGAGCGCAGGCUGGGCUUGGGGGCUCUGUUUUGAGUUCAGGAGGUGGACUUUUAAUUCAAGGGGGCAAGACCACUCUAGGGUCCCCUGCCUUAAAUGGGCCAGCUGUGUGCUUAAGCAACACAAAUACCAACAACAGUGCAGCUACAAUGGCCACUGCUGGUGGCAAUAUGGGCUUUGGUAAUGCCUCUUUGACUGCCGGAAUUGGAUCUCAAACCCAGCCCCAAGGCCAAAUCAUGCAGAAUGUCAUCAUCCAGCGAACGCCAACACCAAUACAGCCCAAGCCUCCACAAGGGGGUGCCAUCCAACCCAAAAUGUUCAAGCAACAGCAACAGCUUCCAGCCCCACAGGCCUUGCCAAAUGAUGCUAAUAAGGCUCUUGGGGUGCAGCAAAUCCCAGUGUCCGCUGGUCAGAAUGUGACUUUCCUCGCUGGGAAGCCUGGCUCAAAUGUAGUCUUGAGCACACAGGCAGCAUCACAGGGAGCACAGUUUUCACAAGCGCUCUUUAAGCAACAAGGCCCCCAAACAUCGGGCAAACCACUCAGUGUUCACUUGUUAAACCAACAGGGCAGCAUUGUCUUUCCCUCGCAAACUGUCCUGCAGGGCCAAAACCACCAGUUUCUCUUACCAGGACUUCAGGCAGGAAGUCAGAUCCUGACCCAGCAUCCUGGUGGCCACAUCAUUACAAGUCAGGGACCUGGAGGGCAGAUCAUUGCUAAUCAGAUCUUGACAGCCAAUCAGAGCAUCAACCUGAGUCAAGUGCUGGCCUCACAGGGUCACUCUGGUGCUGCUCAUAUUCUCUCUGGACCCAUCCAGCUCCAGCCCGGGCAGAUUGGUCAUCCCACUCUGUUUCAAAUGCCAGUGUCUUUGGCGCAAACACAGACACAAGCCCACCCAGUUACAGGCCAAGUACAAACAGUCAUCCAGGGCAUGCCCAUACAGAAUUCCCUAUCUAUGGAGAACCUUAGCCCAGCAGUCAGUUUGCAGACGUUGCAACAGUCUGGUGGCAUUCCCAGUAACAGUAGCAGUGGAACGACAGCCAUGGCACCAUGCCAGCCUGGAGAGGGUAUCACAGUGCUGGGCGGCUCCACAGACCCGGCAGCCCAAGCAGCACAGGCUCAAUCUCAACCUUCAAUUCUAACGGUUCAGACUCCACCACUGUCAGUAGCUGCCUCGGUUCCUUCCUCUUCAUCUCCAUCCCCAAUAAUGGCCACGUCCACGUCCUCAAUGGUGGGGUUGGGUCCUCAGGCCCAGCACAGUUCAGGAAAGGUGUUAUUCACAUCCCCUGGUUCCAGCAUGAUCCUAAGCCAGGAGUCUCUGCAGAUGUUCCUGCAGCAGCAGCUAGCGGGAAAAGACCCACCUGCCGCUGUUGGUGUACCUGCAUCUGUUAUCGUCAGCGGCAGCAGUUCUGGUCCCGCCCCUUCAGGCCAUGACAACUUGUUAGCUGAAACUCGGCAGAGGCAGAGUCCCAGCCCCUCCCUUGACCCCGCCCCCAAGGCAACAGUGGUUAACAAGGUUCCAUCAGCAGCUCAUCCACAGACCAUAAAGAUCCAAAGCUCCUCCCCAUCUCAUCAUGUGGUCACCCCUACACCAACACCCACCCUGUCCCAUAGCCCUCAACCGGCCCAGGUUUCUCCCCUCACCCUCGGCCAACAGAUCCAGUCUCCUCACCAGCAGUCUCGCCCUCCCUCGCAACCCCAGCCUCAGUCACAAGCACAGACUCCCUCGCGGUCCUGCACGCCUUCCUCUCUACCCCCUCUCUUUAUAAUAAACAAUCAGAUCGUAGGUUCUCCACAACCACCACAACCAACUCCUCCUCCACAGUCACAGCAGUCUCCGCAGAUACAAGUUCAGCUCCAGCCUCAAGUUCUUCCUCAGACUCUGCCUCAGUCUGCCGCCCAGCAGCCAGACAUGCCUCCUUCCUCCUGCUCCCCAAAGCCUCCACAGACACUUCCUGCACAGUUCCAGUUCCAGCCUGUUGUGAACUCACCCUCAGCUGCAGUGAUGAAACAGCAUGUGGCUGUGGUGCCAGGGCUGACUGCAGAACAGCAGCAUCACCUGCAGCUGGUCAGUGCGCAGCUACAGACAAUGUCAUCCGUUGCGCAACCCUCUCCUCAACAAAAGCAGCUUUUGGAAAAGCUUCACCAGAUCCAGCAAAACAUUCUCCUCCAGGCUAAGCAGCAAGCUCAGGCUCAAGCCCAGGCUUCUCAGCAACAGGCUACAAACCAGUUCAGCAAAAUGCCUGAUCAGCCUUUGGUCCAGGCCGCAACAUCAACGUCCAGUAGCACUAUCCAAGCGCCAAUCCCGUCUCUGUUGCAGCAGAAGUCUGUGCUUGUCAAGUCCUCUACAACAGGUUCAAAUGAGACGCAAGUAUUUUCUGCAGUGUCAGCUGGAGCUACGGUGAACCAGGGAAUCACUACACCAAACCAUGCACAGGCUGUUCAGGCAAAGCCAGGAAUCAUAAGUUCAGUUGGUGGGCUCACUCUGGGUAAAGCAGGUUUGCAGAUUCAGGUUUUAGGUGCUGGACUCUCUCAAAUGUCUGCACCUCCACAACCUGCUCCUGUUCAAACACAGACUUCAACAUUAAAAAGGCCAUUUAGUAUGGAACCAAGCAAAGAAGCAAGGUUGUUGGAACAGCUACGAAAACAGCAAGGUUCUGUUCUCCAUCCGGACUAUAGCUCUCCUUUCCGCACGUUUGAGGACACUCUUCAUCGAUUGCUGCCGUACCACUUGUACCAAGGCAUGGCUUCAUCCCCGCAAGACUACCGCAGAGUGGAUGAUGAAUUUGAGAGCGUCUCAAGCCAACUUUUGAAGCGCACACAAGCAAUGCUGGAUAAAUAUCGUCACUUGCUCUUCAAGGAAUCAAAGCAGAGACUAGGUCCCUCUGCAGAGAUGGUUAUGAUUGACAGGAUGUUCAUUCAAGAGGAGAAGGUCGCUCUGAGUCAGGACAGGGUUCUGGCCAAGGAGAAACCAGAAGAAUUUGUGGCCAAUUCCUGUUUGCUGGACAGCAGUGCGGUCAGGCCUGUUCAGGUGGAUCUGAGCUCUGUAAGAACUGCACCAUCAGUAGCAGGAGCACAACCUGUGGCAGCCACCCCAGCUUUAUCACCUGCCCCGACCCCUACACCUGCUCCACCUGCUGCUCCUGCUCCUGCAUCUGCCCUUGCACUCUUCCCCCCCACCAAGCUGGUGAUAAAGCAAGGUGGAGGGGGAGCGUCAGUGUCUUGGUCCACCAGCUCCACCCCUUCACCUGCUCCUAUGGUCCGGUCAUCUACAGAGCCAGUGCCACCAAGCGCCUCCUUCAGCCGCAGUCUGUCCUCUUCUUCCAGGCCUGCUGAUGAUGAUGACGACGACGACGUCGCUCUUCCCCAGCGAACCAGCAAACCGCCCAUCAAGACCUACGAGGCACGCCGGCGAAUAGGUUUGAAGCUGAAGAUCAAACAGGAGGCGGGGCUUAGCAAGGUCGUUCACAACACUGCCUUAGAUCCAGUCCACUCCCAAACCCAGCUUACACCACAGCUACCGACCCCAGAGCCACCUCAGAAGGUUAAACCACCUGUAACCCCACCCACCACUGUAAUAAGAACUCCACUCCCAACUUCCUUCCCCACCCCCUCAUCCGCUGUCAGUACGGUAACCACACAUACAAGCUCCACCUCUAGUAGCGCAACUUCCUCUAGUGGAGCUCCUCCCUCCUUCUCCUCCUGGUCUUCGUCAUCCCCAUCCACAUCCACAGCCCAGAUGAAUGGCACUCUUGAACACCACGAGGUAGGUGGGGUCAAACGGAACCCCGCGUCCACAGCGACUCCUCCACUGACGACUUGUCGGCUCCCGCUCCGGAAGACGUACCGUGAGAACAUCAGUCCACGUCACAGGCCGGGAGUACCUGGAGGAGGAGGCGAUACAUUGCCCAUUACUCCUGCAGGACCCCCUCUUACCUCUUCCCCCCAGCCGCAUGGCUCUUCCCCUCAACCUGAACGGACUGUGAUAGCCAGUGUGAAACUAGAGAGGCAAGGUGGGCAUGGGCAGGUGCACCCACACGCAGAGUCGCAGAGCCUUGCAGCUGUAGAGGACGUCCUUUAUCGUGGUAUCAAAAAUGCGUACCAACACCAUCAAGAGUUUCCGGACAAAGAGGAUGAGGACAAGGCUGAGGAAGGUGGUGGCAUGGGGCGAUUGAAGGGUGUUAGAAGCAAAAACAGAGGAAGGGGUACUUUCAGGAUGGAUCAGCAUGCACCAGGCCCCCCUACUUCUGGAGAGUCUUCUUGCACAAGAGACUCCUCACUUCCUGCCAAACGCUGUAAAUCAGACUCUCCAGACAUGGACAAUGCAAGUUUCUCUAGCGGCAGCCCGCCACCUGAUGACUCGUUGAAUGAGCACCUGCAGUGUGCCAUAGACAGUAUACUGAACCUCCAACAAGGCCCUCCUGGGCAUGGAGGGUCUGGGAGAGGGGCGUUAGGGAGGGUUCAUGGGGCAAACUUGCCUAACCAGCACCAAACCCACCCUUCCUACAGACAGUCCAUACCUCCCCUCUCCUCAGUACCCUCGUCCGCCCCUAUGUCCCAAAAUCCACAGGUAGGGGGACGAGGACAGAAUGGGAAUCUGGUUUCACAGACGCACAGUAGAUAACAUCCCCUUUUGCCGAAGACUGUAAGGGAGGUCAGUGGAUAGGGGAAGUAAACAAAGACUCUUCCCAUGUUAAGCUGUGUUUGAGUUGUUUGUCUGUGGUUUGUGCUGAUAAAAUGUGUUCUUUUGGUUUACAUAUGACCCUUUAAGUGUACUUUCUAAAGGAUAAAGUGCACUUUGAUAUGAUUUUCAAACAUUUGUCCCCCCUUUUUUUUUUCUUUUUUUUUUUUUUUUUGUGAAACUUGGACAGUUCCUAUGUCAGUUUCCCAAUUUCAAGAGUUCUCUUAACUUGAGAGAGACAAAAAUAUAUGACCAGUCAUUUAAUACAUUUGCUUUUGUAUGUACUGUGACAUGCAGACUGCAGGAACUUUUAAGUGAGAUUAUGAAAUUUGUCAUAUCAACCAGUAGUAUUUUUAUUUUGGAGAACUUUUGUUUGAAGAGUUCAAUUGAUUGGUCAUUAGAAUCAGUGUAUAAUUACAUUUUUUGGAACUGGUAAACAAAACAGAGAGGCUUUAAUACAUUAUAAAAUAGUGCUCAAACGCUUUAAAUUCUGUUUUCAGUUAACCCUACUGGUUGUCUUAUUAAAGGAAUUAACAGUGAAGUAUUCACAAACAGAAAAGUCGCCAGAACUGUAGGAAAUCUGUUGACCUUAAAGCAUUCCAGCAUCAAAAGCACAUUUACAAAUCAAACACACUAUUGCAGCACAGACAAUUUGGGUUGCCAGGACCUGCCUCUUAUAAAUGAAAUACAAUUUACAGUUUUCUCAAACCCUUUCAGAGAGAAUAAUGCCUGUAAACAGCCUAAAAAAAACAAUUUUGCAUCUCUAGUUCAGAGAGUAAUAAGUGUCCCUCUUUUAUGCUUUUAUUUUUGUAGGCAUACUUAAGUUCAGACGCUUGCACACACAAGAUAGAAUCACUGAAAGAUCUUUGGACCGUUCAGAAGCAAACACAGUAAAAGCAAUGACAUGAAAAAAAGAACAAUAAUAAUGUAAAGAGAAAAAAGAAAAUAGAACUGUAAGAAUUUGAAGUAUAGUACUACAGAUUAAUUUUGUAUUGUAUUUAUUGUGUAUAAUGACACUUUUUAAAAAAAACUGUACAUUUAGUAAAACUGUAAAUUAAACUUUGCUUCUUUUAUGAAAGAUUCACACUUGUUUCUGUUUGCCAUGUGACUGGGUGUCUUAGGCUUUGUUCAGACAGGUGACAAAUAAAAAAAAAAAAAAUUUAAAAA